AUGCAUUCCUUACGAUUAUUUUGGUCAGCAAAUAAUGAAGCAGCAUUGCAGAGACGUCAAACGAGAUUAGAUCGGCGUAAACUGGACGAAAUUGUAAAUAUACCAGAUUUAGAAUUUGUUCAUCGAUUUAGGUUAGACAAACAAACAUUUCGGAGUCUUUGUGAUGAUUUGCGGCAUUUAACCUCAUUAAAAGGCACCCGGGAGAUUAGCUUACAACUCAAGGUUUUGUGUACUCUCAGCUUUUUAGCUACGGGUUCAUAUCAACGCAUUGUUGGACUAUCGCAGCAUUUGGUGCAAAGAACUGCUAGUAGGUGCAUACGACAGGUUGUUGAUGCAUUGAGCCACCCAGCCAUUAUAAAUAAAUGGAUUGUGUUUCCGAGGUCGCCACAACAACGAGCCCAAAUAAGACUUGAGUUUCAGCGGCGGUUUAGAAUCCCGGGUGUAGUUGGAUGCAUAGACUGCACCCACAUAGCAUUAGUCAAGCCAUCAGAAGAUGAGCAUUUAUAUUUUAACCGAAAAGGUUAUCAUUCAUUGAAUGUACAAAUGGUAUGCGACAGUAAUUUAAAAAUUAUAAAUGUUAAUUCAAAGUUUGGAGGAGCCACCCAUGACUCAUUCAUAUGGGCAUCUAGCAGAAUGGAAUCAUUUAUGCGAGAGUUGCACCAAAAUGGAGAACAAGUGUGGUUGUUAGGUGAUUCUGGGUAUCCACAGCGGCCAUGGCUGAUGACUCCAAUAUUAAAUGCAGUUCCUGGCUCUGUUGAAGAUACAUAUACUCAGCGACAUGUACAAGCAAGGGACUGUAUAGAACGCUGUUUUGGAUUGCUGAAGUCACAUUGGAGGUGCUUGUUAAGACACAGGACCUUACAUUACCAUCCUACGGUUAAUGGGAAUAUUGUACUUGCCUGUUGUGUGUUACACAACAUGGCUUUAGAGGCUAAUUUACCUUCUCCACCUGUAAUGGAAGUAGAAGAUGAUGCGCAGCAUAAUAAUGCGUCUGACAGUGUUGGUGCUGCUAGCAACCAAAGUGAGUUGCUUCAAGGCAGGGCAGCACUUAGUAAUCUUUUGUCGAGACUUAAUUAGUGUGUAAUUUUGUAAAAUGUAACUUAGCAAAAUUAAAAGGGUUUUAUAUUCUUUACAAUAUGUUUUAUUUUAUUAUUAUUCUUACACUAUGCACGAAAAAAUGUAAUUAUAUGGCACAUAUUCAUAUUAAUUUGUGAC